AAACGAUACUAGAGACAUUAGAAAGUUUGGUUAAGUUACACUUUUGUUAAAUUGUAAGAGGUCUAAAUUUACUUCUAAAUAUAAACUGAAUAUGUAAAAAAUGAAAUAUAUAAUAUAUAUAACAUCUUUGUUGUUAUUUGGUUCUACGUUUGAUUAUGGAUGUUGUACUAUUAUAACCAAGAAAUAAAAAGGAAAAGAUAUAAAGAUUUUGUUUAGUUUACUGUAAAUAUAAACAAAAAGUGAAAUUAAUUUUUUUUGUAAUCCACUAUUCUGAAUUACAACAUGAGAAUCGCAAUUGAAGGAUGUGCUCAUGGGGAAUUAGAAAUUAUAUAUGAUACUAUACAGGAGAUUGAAAAAGUCAAUGGAAAAAAAAUAGAUUUACUUAUAUGCUGUGGAGAUUUUCAAUCAACGAGGAAUUUAUGUGACUUAAAAUGUAUGGCAGUACCUAAUAAAUACAAAGACAUGUGCACUUUUUACAAAUAUUACUCCGGAGAAAAGGUUGCUCCAUUAUUAACUAUUUUUAUUGGUGGUAAUCAUGAAGCUUCGAAUUAUCUUCAAGAAUUACCAUAUGGUGGAUGGGUUGCUCCUAAUAUUUAUUAUCUUGGCUAUGCCAAUGUUAUAAAAAUAGGUGGGAUUAGGAUUGCUGGAAUUUCUGGUAUUUAUAAGAGUCAAGAUUGGAUGCAAGGACAUCACGAAAAGCCGCCAUAUACAAAAAGCACAAUUCGCAGCGUUUAUCAUAUUAGAAACAUAGAAAUAUUUCGAUUGAAACAGAUAUCUGGUAAAAUCGAUAUUUUUUUAUCUCAUGAUUGGCCAAAUGGAGUAACAAAGUAUGGAAAUGAAGAUAAGCUUUUAAAGGGCAAACCAUAUUUUAAGACUGAUAUUAAAAACAACACACUUGGCAGUCCAGCAAACAUGGAACUUUUGAGAUACCACUACCCAUCAUAUUGGUUCUCUGCACAUUUACACUGUAAAUUUGCGGCACUUAUCCCUGAAAAAGAUGGUACAAGAGUAACCAAAUUUUUAGCAUUGGAUAAGUGUUUACCAAAAAGAAAGUUUCUUCAAGUUGUAGAAAUAAACCAUAAUCCAAAUUUACCAUUAACUCUCAGCUAUGAUUUAGAAUGGUUAACAAUUCUUUAUUUAACAAAUCACCUGCUUAGUGUUAAAAAUGGAAUUCAUUACAUGCCUGGACAAAAUGGCAAUAGUAGAUGGACAUACACACCAACUACUGAAGAAAAGGAGAAUGUAUUAAAAAAAUUUAAUUAUGAUUUAAAAGUGCCAAUAAAUUUUGUACAAACUGUUAAACCUUAUGACCCAGAGUUAAUGGAUGACCAAAAUGAAAUACCAAAAUUAAUAAUAAAUAAUCAAACUACAAAAUUUUGUAAUACUUUGGGGAUAGAUGAUCCAUCAGUAUUAUUGCAAAUUAUACUAGAUUCGAAGGAAAAAAAGGUAAAUGAAACACUAAUAGAAUCAACAUUAGAAAGCACAUUGGAAUCUAGUGAUAUCUCUACCACGUACGAGGACGAUAGUGCAUGCGAGAAUAGCACAAAGAAUACUAUAGAUAUGGUUGAUGAAAACUUUAGUGAUGUACUACCAGUAGAAAGAAUAGAAUCUGAUAGCAAUAAUCACAUCACACAGGUAGAACCAAAUUGUAAAAAGUUUAAAAGAAGAAAUUAUUCUAUAUAUUCUAAUACUCUAUAAAUGCAAGUGAAAUUUUCUUUAAAAAGACAAAAAUGCAUCACUGUAAAAUCUUAUAGCCUUCCUAUUUCUAAUCUCCACACAUUAUAUGUUUCUACAAAUUAACUCUUUAAAAUAUCGUAUAUAUAUCAUGACAAUAUGUAUAAAACAAAGUGAUAGUACCUCGACUAAUGAAGAUCAAUGAUCGAUUCAUAAAUGCACGAAUUAUAUAUAUAAUUUCAAUUAUAUCUCCAUGAUUUACAAAUCAUUGAAAUUACAUUACAUUAUAAUAUUGCAUUGUAUAUUACACAAUCUUUAUAUAUAUAGGUUAAAUAAAUGUAUAAUAUUAAAAAAAAGAUUAUAGUUUAUAAUAAUUUUAAAUAUAUGUGAUUAACUUUUAAAAGAGUCAAGAUGCUGAUUUAUCAAAAUAUCAUGUUACAAUGUCGCUUAUCAAAA